UCUGUAACUUUUUCGUUAAUUUAGUAAGGGACAGUAUGCAAGCCAAAAACGGUGUGCCUUCUAACAGAAAAGACUUCAUAGAUUUACUUUUGGAAAUUAAAAAUCAAGGCAAUACUUUGGAGACUACUAAAACGGAAGAAACGGUAAAAUUAAAAUUGACAGAUGAAGUAAUAGCAGCUCAAGCGUUUAUAUUCUAUAUGGCUGGGUACGAAACCAGUGCGGCUACAGUGGCAUUUAUGUUGUACGAACUAGCAAUGAAUCCCCUUAUACAGGAUAAGUUAAUUGAUGAGCUUGAUGAAGUACUCGACCGACACAAUGGAAAUAUAACGUACGAAAUAAUAAAUGAAUUGACUUACAUGGAAAAAGUUUUUAAUGAGACUCUUCGAAAAUACCCAGUAGCAGAUAUACAACGACGGGCCAAAGCAAAUUAUAAUAUACCUGGGACAAACAUUACUAUUGAGAGAGGGACAAUUGUAUUCGCACCAAUAAUGGCUAUUAGUCACGAUGAGAAGUAUUUCCCGGAUCCAAGCAAAUUUGACCCAGAGAGAUUUUCUCCCGAGAAUGAGAGUAAAAGACAUCCCUGUGCUUUUAUACCUUUUGGUACUGGUCCUCGAUUCUGCAUCGGUAUGCUUUUUGCUAGAAUCCAGAGUCGCGUAUGUUUGAUGAAACUGUUGUAUCAUUUCCGUGUAGAAGUAUCCAAGAACACGCCAAAAACCCUCUCAUUUAAUCCAGAGCGCGUUGCUACGUCACCAAAGGGAGGUAUUUAUUUAAAUCUUGUUCGAAGAAAAUGAAGAAUCUCUGUAUAAGGCAUAGAUAUAAAAAUGUUACAAUAAUAAGUUUUGUUAAUUUUCAUAACAUUCUUAAUAAUUUACUCCUAUUAGGAGUGA